AUGUCUGCUUCGGCGACCGCCUGGGUUCUCAGCAUGGGCUCCGCCUGCUGCGCAAGCUGCGGAGCCUGGAUGCCGCAGCAGCGGGGUUCACCCUCGUCGUCACCAGCGAUGUGGUGCCAACAGUGCGGGACACAUAAUUAUAAUAACAGCGGCAUUCAUGGGCCCUACACCUGCGAUGCUCGCAACAACACCGCCGCCGCACUGCUGUUUACGCCGGAGGAAAUUCGAGCCGCGCAGGCUGAAGUGUUGACAGCACUGGCAAAGACAGACAUAACCGCAGAGAUGGCGGUCGGCAACACACACGUUGACAACCGUGUGCUGGAGGAGGCGUUCUGUGACACUUGUGGUGUGCACCGCCAGUGCAAAGUAUUCGCACGACAGAUACGAAGCGCCGAUGAGGGGCAGACAAUAUUUUAUCAGUGCACAAAAUGCAAUGCGGAGUGGCAGCUCAACUCUUAA